GUUUGAGCGUCACAUUCUACCAGAUUACGCAGAUUUCUGGCUGCUGUUUCUCACCCAUUCGGCAUAAUCACAAACCGCGAUUCUUUUCCGCAGUUUCAUUUGCCCUCUUCAUUUUAAACGGAUCAACAGAAACCGCAUCGCAAUGAAGUCCAAGCGAGCCACCGCUGCCUCAGCUGAGGACCCCAACCCCGUCGACGUGUCGCUGGACAAGAAGCGCAAGCGCACUGACGAUGAUGCCGCGCCCUCGGGCAGCUUGAAGAAGCACAAGGAGGAGAGCAAGGAGAAGAGAGAAAAGAAGAAGGAGAAGAAGAGAGAAGAGAAGGGAGACAAAGAGGAGAAGAAGUCUAAAAAGGACAAGUCCAAGUACAACGGCAAGACCCGAAAAGAGAAGAAGGAUGAGCGCAAGAAUCUGCAGGAUCUUCCCGAGGACAUGGAUGUCGAUGAGAACAGCGAGGGAAGCUCUGAGGCUGCUGAGCCUUCCGUGACCCAGGCCGAAGCCAAGACAAACGGUGAUGCGAACAAGGACAAGAAGGAAAAGAAGGAUAAGAAGGAUAAGAAGAAGGAUAAGAAGGAGAAAAAGGCUGAAAAGGAACCCAAGUCUGAGACCUCUGCGUCCAAGGACGUACCACAAGGCGAGGAUGCCAUCGACCUCGACGCCUCCACAGCAGCCAAGCCGGGCCGCAACAUUGUCUUCGUCGGCAACCUGCCCUACACUGCCACCGCCGCAACCAUCACCGCGCACUUUGCCUCCCUGAAGCCCAUUGCCGUGCGCUGCUUGACCAAGAAGGAGGACCCCAAGAUGUGCCGAGGCAUCGCCUUUGUGGAGUUUUCAUCGCCCACUCAUCAGAGGACCUGCUUGGACAAGUUCCACCACUCCAUGUUUGAGGACGGCAUCUCUGAGCCGAGAAGAAUUAAUGUUGAGUUGACUGCCGGAGGAGGUGGAAAGAGCCAAGGCCGCCAGGGCAAGAUCAUGGAGAAGAACAAGAAACUCGAAGAGAAUAGAGCCAAGCGUAUCGAAAAGGAGAAGGUCACCAAGGAAGAGAACCAGGGCAAUGGAAACAACUCCCGAAUGGACAUUCAUCCCAGCCGUCUCGCCCGUCUCCCUGGUUUCCGAAAUUAAUAAAACUGGUUUUUAUUAAGGAAAACUAUUUUUAACCAUGACCUCAAGCCGCUGUUCUUACACCAGGCGUUUUUCUUUUUUUUUCUCACGUGUUUCUUUUUCCUUUUUCUGUUUCUUUUUCUUUGGGAUAUUGGAUUUUUUUUAUAUAAUCUUUUUUAUCUGUCAAUAAUCUCUUUUACUUGGUCAAUUUUGUCUGUUUACCUACAUAUAGAGAAGAAAGCGGGUAAAUGAGAAUUGUUUGCAUAUGACGAUUAUGUGGAUAUAAGAUGGAUAACUACCGAGUGGCAAGGAGACAACAAAAAUUAGCAAGAAGAGAGAUACCCUCAAUAAUAGAAUUGGACGGAAUUUGGUCUUCACAUGCACAAUGCCUCCUUAACUAUGUAAGCUAGGUAUGUGCUUUGUGAUUCGCCAAGGCUACUCUCAAAUGCUGGCAUUCCUCAUAGCAACACAAUAUUUUAUGCACGUCAUUUACC